AUGACCUUAAGUACGGAGCCGCUGGACCAGGAAGAUCAAGAUGCGAUAAUUUUAGAUGCAAGAGCAGGUGACCUCGAGUCAUUGAAGGAAAUAUUUUCCACAUUGAUUCACCCAAGCUUGAUAACUAGUUGUGAGUGCACAACCAGUCGCUCAUCCCCUUUGCAUAUGGCUGCAGGUAAUGGUCAUUUGGAGGUAGUCCGAUAUCUUUUGGAAUCUGUGAAAUCCAACGCUAAAGAUGCAUCAGCUUUGAAGUGCUUUGUUAACAAGAAAAAUGAGACUGGAAACACAGCUCUGCAUUGGGCCUCUCUAAAUGAUAAACUUGAGGUUGUUGAGCUCCUUUGUAACGAAUACGAAGCCGAUCCAUUUAUCAGAAAUAGCUUCGGUCAUGAUGCAAUCUUCGAAGCUGAGAACGCAGGUAACGAAGCUAUAGAAAACUUUUACCUGAAGAAGUAUGACGUUGAGCCAGAAGACAAUUUGGAAAAUGCUGCAAGUACCGUUCAAAUUAGUGAGGGUACGGAAAUUGAGCAAAUCACAAAAGAGGCAUACAAGGCAAGCGAAGAGCUGCGUGAAAGCACUAAAAAACUGAGCCUGAAUGAUGACAAUUAA